UGUGUGCACCAGGAACCGUACUAGAUGGGCCCCCGAGAUACAAGCAUCCAUCGACAUUUUACUCAACAAAAUGAAACCAGGACACGUUUGGCUGCAUCUCGCACUGCUUGGGGCCUCCCUGCGGGCUGCGCUGGGAUGGACAGAACCAGGAACCAGCAAAGGCCCGAGCGUGGGUGCGGAGGAGUCGCAGGCAGAGGAAUUGAGAAGCUUUGAAGUCACCAGAAGAGAAGGGCCCUCCGACCAUGACUGGCUGCGGUCCUCCUGCGGGAAGAAGCUGUGCGGCCGCGGGAGCAGGUGCACACUCAGCCGGGAGACGGGGGAGCCCGAAUGCCGGUGCCUGGAGGCCUGCAAGCCCAGCUACGUUCCCGUGUGCGGCUCCGAUGGGAGGUUCUAUGAAAACCACUGUGAGCUCUACCGCGCCGCGUGCCUGCUGAAGAAGAAGAUCGUCAUCGCCCACAGCAAGGACUGUUUCCUUAAAGGCGAGCCGUGCACCAUGGCCAACUACGCCCGCCUGAAGAAUGUCCUUCUGGCACUGCAGACCCGCCUGCAGCCACUCCCGGAAGGGGCCAGCCGCCGAGACCCUGCCUCCCAGAAGCGCCUCCUGGUGGAAUCUCUGUUUAAGGACUUGGAUGCAGAUGGCGACGGCCACCUCAGCAGCUCUGAACUGGCUCAGCACGUGCUGAAGGAACAGGACCUGGAGGAGAGCUUCCUGGGAUGCUCGCCAAGCGACCUCCUUCAAUUUGAUGACUACAACAGUGACGGCUGGCUGACCCUCCGAGAGUUCUACACGGCCUUCCAGGUGGUUCAGCUCAGCCUCGCCCCCGAGGAGAGGGUCAGCGUGGCCACAGUGACCGUGGGGCUGAGCACCGUGCUGACGUGUGCUGUGCGCGGAGACCUGCGACCACCCAUCGUCUGGAAGCGCAACGGGCUCGCCCUGAACUUCCUGGAUUUGGAAGACAUUAACGACUUCGGAGAGGACGACUCGCUCUACAUCACCAAGGUGACCACCGUCCACAUGGGCAACUACACCUGCCAUGCCGCCGGCCACGAGGAGCUGUUCCAGACCCACGUCCUGCAGGUGAAUGUGCCACCAGUCAUCCGCGUCUACCCGGAGACCCAGGCACAGGAGCCGGGGGUGGCGGCCAGUCUGAGAUGCCACGCAGAGGGCAUUCCUAUGCCCAGAAUCACUUGGCUGAAAAAUGGCAUGGAUGUCUCAGCCCAGAUGUCUAAACAGCUCUCCCUUUUGGCCAACGGGAGCGAACUCCACAUCGGAAGCGUCCGGUAUGAAGACACGGGGGCGUACACCUGCAUUGCCAAAAAUGAAGUGGGCGUGGACGAAGACAUCUCCUCCCUCUUCAUUGAGGACUCGGCUAGAAAGACCCUUGCAAACAUCCUCUGGCGCGAGGAAGGCCUCAGUGUGGGAAACAUGUUCUAUGUCUUCUCCGAUGACGGCAUUAUCAUCCUGCACCCCGUGGACUGUGAGAUCCAGAGGCACCUCAAACCCUCUGAGAAGAUCUUCAUGAGCUACGAAGAAAUCUGUCCUCAAGGGGAAGGGGACGCCACCCAGCCAUGCCAGUGGGCGUCGGCAGUGAACGUCAGGCACCGGUACAUCUACGUGGCCCAACCGGCACUGAACAGAGUCCUCGUGGUCGACGUUCAAGCCCAGAAAGUCCUGCAGUCCAUAGGUGUGGACCCUCUGCCGGCUAAGCUGUCCUAUGACAAGUCACAUGACCAAGUGUGGGUCCUGAGCUGGGGGGAUGUGCACAAGUCCCAACCAAGCCUCCAGGUGAUCACGGAAGCCAGCACCGGCCAGGGCCAGCACCUCAUCCGCACACCCUUUGCAGGAGUGGACGACUUCUUCAUUCCCCCAACAAACCUCAUCAUCAACCACAUCAGGUUCGGCUUCAUCUUCAACAAGUCUGACCCUGCAGUUCACAAGGUGGACCUGGAAACGCUGAUGCUCCUCAAGACCAUCCGGCUGCAGCGGCACGGCUGCCUGCCGCAGGCCAUGGCCCACACCCACCUGGGCGCUGCUGCCGCCAGCCCCCAGCUGCACGUGCAGGAGGUCACGCUGCGGGGGGAGAUCCGGACCCUCUACGACCUGAAGAUCGGCCAGGGCAUCUCCGACGUGGCGUUCCAGCGCUCCUUCGCCCACAGCAACCAGUACUGCGUCUACGCCACGCUGGAGGCAGAGCCGGACCUGCUGUUCCUGGAGCUGGCCACGGGGCGGGCGGGCGUGCUGAAGAACUUCAAGGAGCCGCCCUCGGGGCCAGCCGGGCCCUGGGCAGGGCCCCGCAGGAUCGUCAGGGACAGCGGGCUGUUCGGACAGUUCCUCCUCACGCCAGCCCGGGAGUCACUGUUUCUCAUCAACGGGCGACAAAACACGCUGCGGUGCGAGGUGUCGGGCGUAAAGCGGGGGACCACGGUGGUGUGGGUGGGCGAGGUAUGAAGGAGGCCAGUGCAGAGCCCGGGCCCCCGGGCCUCACCUCGUCCUGACACCUCAGCCCCGAGCUGGCGCCCUGUAUAUUUUUACAGACAAAAGCAAAAACCUGUAUUCGCUUCGUGGUUCGACACUGGUCUCCUUGCAAGUUUCCUCGUCUAAGGUAUGCGCUGCUCACCAGGCGGGGUGUUCUCGUCGGGAAGUAUGAGUGCGCCUUGGGCUACGGCGAGAACCCACGCUGCCGUGUAAGGGAGGCAUUUCCGUGCCCGGCUCCACGCCAUGUGACCGGGGACGCCGUGGAACCCAGCGCUCCUGCUUUCCAGGCGGCAUCUCCGUCGGUUGCCUUCACGUAGUCAUUCUCCUUCACCGCCAGACCCAGCCAGACUGCACCCCGCGCAGGGGCCCGAGAGCAGGGGCCUCCCUCCGGCCGGAGAGCCACACCUGCCCUCGCUCUGCUCUUUUUCCUCUUCCGCAGCUGCUUCCUGCUUUUCUUUCCAUUUGACUUGUGGUACGCCUGAGAGAGAGCCAGUAAGACUUAUUGCAGCUUGGGGGGGUGGGGAAAUCACUCACUUUAUUUUGGAAAUUUUGAUUAAAAAAUAAUUUUUUAUAAUCUCAAAUGCUAGUGAGCAGAAAGGCGCUCUCCGAGGUCCAGCUCUUUUCGUCCCUGCCUUGGGCCGAGUCUCUGAGAGUCACCACCCCACAUCCCCCAGCCGGAAAGAACAGUGGUCAUCAAGGAGUGAUGGUCUCUAAAGCACUGACACCCCCAAGUGCAGAUCGGCCACCACAUUGGCAAAGGCUGCGUUCUGGGCUGGGACCCCACGACACUAGGACAAACCCUGUGUGCCUGCUUUUCACCAUGGAAGGGGGGCAUUGUUUAGUUAGUUAUUCCUCACUCGAGGAUAUUUUCCUAUUGAUUUUUAGAGAGAGUGGAAGGGAAGGGGAGAGAAAAA